AUGCAUGUCCCACCAACAGUGAAACUCGACACCAGAGCACACCUCCCCCAGAACUCAGAUAUACAGGAAACUUUCAACCCCGGGAGGAUCCGCCGACGAGCUUCACAGGGGUCUCUCCGAACAAGACCGUCACCGGUCUCUCGCUUUCUCUCCAAGAGUAGCGUGGCCGUGAACUUCCCAUCGUGGGAUCAACGGUCCUCGCCUAGUUCACCAGGUUCGCCGUACCGUUUGGAUUCUCGCACUCGGUCGGUCGACUCUCGUCUUCGUCUUUCAACCACCGUGUCUCGCGGGCCGAGGCCUUUGGCUCCGUCGCCGUCUUGGAACGCGCAUUAUCAGGAAUACCCCGCUAUAUUACCCCCCACGCCGCCGGAAGAGGAUAUCCACGUUGCGUGGAAUCCCAAGUCCGAGAUGAUGUUGUUUGACGCGCACUCCCACCAUCCGAGGUCUAUGGCUAUGAUGGACGAUAACCAGAGCGUGGACAAUUCCUCCGCGACCGGUGCUUCGGACACAUUCAGCAGCCCAUCAGAUGGGAGAUCCUCCAGCUCUGGAGGCAGCCCUGGGCCCCACGAUGAUAUGGACUGCCAGCAGGACAUUGGCUCAUGGCUGGAUCAUGGUAUCAACUUGACUGCUUCAUCACUUGCCCUUUGCAAGACAGGCGGCGAGGCCGUCAAAAUCGUUUCCCAGACUCUUCCAUACCCUAGGACAUCUGAUCAGGCAGCGUCAGUACCGAAAACCGACAGUGUUUUUACCUCUAUGGUCCAGGCAGUUCACAACCACUUGCAACCUGGCCAAUCACCCUAUAUCAACGUCACCCACGCAGUACCGGAGCAAUUCAGCCUUUCGAAUCUGCCUCACUCUCCUCCUAGCACUCCUCGUUCUCCGACUGCCGCCGAGGAAUACUUCAACGCCACGGUUUUCUCCAGUGCGGCAGUUGUGGGUGCUUACCAUGACUACAGUGGACCCCUCCAACGGCAAAUGUCCCACGCUCCGAUGCCCAUUGUCCCCCCUCGCAGCGUUCACAUCUCAGUCCUCGAGCGCUAUCUCCCUCCAACCUCUGCCCAAGAGUACCGUGAUUUGUUUUGCCGUACCCGUCCGUCUUUCCUCGUUGAUCGUCUGAGUGAGCUAUCACCGAAUGGCGGCUCCCUCCUCUUCGUGUACCCGACCAAGAAAGGUGCAUCAACCUUCAAGUCCCAAUACUUGGGCCCCAUCCUCGACCCCCUUCUCCGCCAACUCGUGGUGGUGAAUGAGUUGUCCGCAGACGUGAGCCGCUACCUCGGCAAGCUCUCAUCCGUCUCCCAGAUGGACGACUUCGCCACCAUGAAGGCGAACAUCGUGGCGCUCUGUGAAUCAUUGAGCGACAACGAUUCAUCUUCCCGGUUUCACGUGACCGAUGCAGGCCGCGGAGACACCCACCUCGACCGCAAUCUCUGGGCCGAAUGGUUCAUCCACCAGGAAAAGCCCCGCAUGAAGGAACUCCUCAAUCUGUACUGGCAAAACGGCCGCCGUGCAUCUAAGAGGACAAGCUCCGGUUGCUCCAUGAUGGGCAAUAAAGAAGUCACACCUUCCGGGCUCCUAAGUGAAAUCUGCGACGGCAUCCGCAAACGACGCUAUAACGAGGACAACGAGCCUCGUGAUGGUAUCGAGCUUGGUGUCUUUGUGAUUCGUCGAACGAAUUAG